AUGUUUCGCCCGGCCGCCAGUGGUAAGAGCAGUUCGCUCCUGCAAGGAAACAUAUGCUGCUAUCAGCAGGUCAGGAACCUUUCGAGAAGGAGACUAGCGUAUCCGUUCUAUCCUUUCAAGAGAUUGGGGAGGCAGCAUCCAAAGAAACAUGACACCAAUCUGAAGUAUGCCAUGAGACAAUUUCUUGGCCCAAAGAACUACAAGGGUGAGUAUGUCAUGAACACUUAUUUUGCAGUACCUAACAACCAUGUGCCUAACUAUAUCAAACCGGACAUCGAAAGAGGGCAGGCUCUGAGGGAUCCAAACACAGGUAAAAGACUAACUGAACGUUAUGAUGGUGCUUUGGUUGACGCUCCACAUAACAAGAGACUCGAAGAUGUUUCUGAGAGAAGACAGCUACAACCGUUCCCUUCAAAUCCACACUGCAAGACCAACUACAUGGUGAGUGAGGAACUUAAGGCUCAGAUAUACAACGACAUAGAGACUAAUGGUCUUUCUACCCAACAGGUUUCUCAUAACUACGGUUUGAAGAUUCCCCGCGUAGAGGCAAUUGUGAAGUUGAUGAAAGUUGAAAAGAAGUGGGAGAAACUCAACAGAAUAUCCCCAGAUUUAAAGGUUAUGUCUGAGACACUGUAUAAGAUGUUUCCAUUGUUUGUCCCAGAAGUUCCAGCUAACAGAGAAAACCUAUCAGAAAUUCCGGUCCCACAGAAGGCCCUAUCUUCUAGAUUCUUAACCAUCGCUGAGUCACAACCAUUUGGUCCAGUAGAUGCUGCCAAAGUGUUAGAGUUAGAGCCUGCUGUAAAAACAUUGGAAAAGUUGUCUACCAUUGGUGAACACAGUGAGGGCCACAUAGAGAAGAAAGAACACAAGAAGAAGGUAGUUUACGGUGAAUUGAAGGAGGGCGAAAGAUCCGUGCUAAAGUUUACACACGCCAAAGUAGGUGAAGUGGGACACCGUUACGGUCGUGUGCUUCGCGACAACAAGAAGGACAGAAAGAUUGGAUUUAAUGAACUUGGUCAAAUGGUUUACAUAUGA